UUUGCCUGCUGUCUAAAUAUUACCACUGAGAAUGCGCGGGAAGGGAGCUCCGGGAGUUUGUAACGCUGGCCAGCAUCCCUCCGUCAGUCGCCUCCGCCCCCUUGGCGGAGAAGGGCUGUAAUAGAGAAAGAUUGAAAAAAGCAUAGGCGUCCACCACCCACGCCAGCACUCGAUCAUCCCCUGGAAGCAUCUGAGUGCCCGGCUCUCCCAGCACACUGACGAAGGUGCUGACGGAAGGAUGGGGAAGAGGAAGUGUUCAGACGAGGACUGGGAGAGGGAGGAGCUGGCGGUCCCUCUUCCUAUACAAACCUUUCUAUGGCGGCAGAGCAGUCCGUUCAUCAGACCUAAAUUAGGGAAGCUGCACGAAGCCACCUGUAUGUUCUGCCAGACUGCUCCUAGCCAUCACGAGAUCAAGGAGGCCUCUAAGUCACUGGAGAAGGUACUGGUGCAGAACAUCCUCUUCGGAUUGUCCCCCUCACUGACUGAUGCCAUUAAGAGCAUUCCGAGAUGGAGGUUCAUCCAGGCCGCCGUGCCCCACGUGAUGCACUGUGCUGCUUCCCUCCUCUAUAACAGGCGAGAAUCAACAAUUACAAAUCUUGGAGCAGCUGAGACGAAGCUGCUCUACACACUGCAUUGGGUGAUCUUGGAUGCAGCUGAAGAAUGUGCAGAUGCUGACCAUGAGCCCUCCAGUCAUGUUCGAGAGCCUGGUGAUAGCAUUGCCUAUCUCUUUUCCGUUACUACAAUCCAGGUUUUUGUGUACUUGUUUGCUCCACUCCUCCAUACCCUGAAGGAGUCAGACUUUCAGAAUUUCAGGCUUGAAAAUGGCCUGAAAAUUUGGACUGCAUUGUGGGAGUACCGACACCCUGAUGUGCCUGCCUUCACUACUGCUGUCAGGCCUCGUAGACAAAUUCUUCGUGCUAGGAAGGUGCGACGUUCCAACACACAGUUUGGAGAUGUUUUCCUUGGAGGAGGAGCAGGUCGACUAGGCAUUACCCCAGAUGAUGAUAACCUUCUCUUCCUGCUGAAUGGGGGAAAGAGCCGCUCCAUCACUCCACCACCCAGUGAGCCAACAUCAUCCUCAACUCAGGACUCCUGCAUACCCGAUGCAGCCAAGCUUGAUGAAGAGCUGCGGAUCCUGAGUGGAGUGCGUGAAUCCACCUUCCCUGAGACCAUCCCAGAGGAGACAUCCAGCACAGAAGAGGAACAUGUGGUCAUAUUUAGACUUGGCUCGUACCCUGACAAUGAUGGACGAGAGUCUCAUGUCUAUAAGGCAGAGUAUCCUUCAUCAUUCCUUCGUCCUCCAAUUGUGGAGAUUAGCGAUACCACCACCAGCCCCACACAGCCUCCCUCCCUGGCUGCUUCAACACCUACUGAAUCUUUCACACCAAGACUUAAUGAAGCUAAUGCUUCUACCAAGACUAGUAUCUCAGGAGGAGGAGCCAAGCCAAGUUCACUGCUUGACCCGACCUUGGCCACCUUUCUUGAUGUUGCCGUGAUGAGGUGCCUCUUUGUGCCCCAGUGGAUGGAGGAGGGAGUGUACUGGGCCUUAAACUUUAUUUACAGAAGAGCGCAAAGACUGCAGGACAUUGGUGAGGAGACAGGUACCUCAGCUCCCCCUCGGAGACGCAGCAACUCUUUGCCCAUUCCCAAGAUACAUGUCUCUUUACACUGUGAACCUGUGGAGGAGAAGAAGCCUAAAGAAGGUCUUGAGCAGAGUGAGCAGUCAUCCUCGGACUAUAUCAGUGACUCGCUAUUUCUAAAUGAGCAUCCAUGCCAGAGAGAAGGAAUCAGCAGGGCAGGAGGCAGCACUAGAAAGAAAAAGAAACUUAAUGAACUGAGAGCAUUUGUUGAGACGAAGCUCCGGUCUUGCUCAGAGAAGGCCCUAGAGAAGAUUGGUCAUGAAGAUUCAAGCAGGAGAUCAUCUAUAUCAGAAGAUCAGGGUGGUGGUGUUGGCAGUGGAGGUGGUGGGGGGGCUGGGGGUGCAGAGUUUGGUGGCAGCUCCUGGGGCAUUGAUGGAGAACAGAAAUCAAGGCCGCACUCUGCCCUUGACAAGUUUGUGGAGGAUCGCCACCACCCAUGUCCUCCAUCACCUAGGUUUCCCCAAGCUGGCUUGAUCAAGGGCAAGAGUAUGCCUUCCCUCAGCAGCCUUAUAGAUGAGCUGCCAUGCCUGGGGUAUGUAGGUGAGGGUCGGCCAGAUAGAAGAACAUAUCCCCAGAUUGUGGGUACCACUCAUCCCAUAAUUACUGUCACCCAGCACACUCCUUCACCAAGUGAACAUGGUUGGCGGGACCAGGCAUCUCAGAGUGGAAGUGUGGAAGGACAGGUGGUGUACCAGAGACCUCCACUUUCCCGAUCUCAGACAGACUCAAACAUACAGUACUCCCAUGAAGAAGCUCUUGAAGCCCCUGGUUCCACACAUUACAUAACUCGAGAUGGUCAUAUGAACCUUCAUGUUCUCUUGAAGGCUGCACACUCAGUGGCCCAGCGUGACAGUCAUGUGUGUUCCCUGCGUGUGUGUGAGAUUCUUCUACACCUGCUUGACUUCCUUUUGGAUCUUGGCAUUCUCAAAACUGCAAAACGGUGGGAGAAAUUGGACAAAGACAAGGAUGAAGAUCAAGAUGAGGAGGACUCAAAGCCUCCAGAGAAAGAUAAAGAACUAAAGCCUCACUCAGUAUUCAUGGACAUUGUCAUUAGGCUGUAUCGCCACCUGGGGUGUCAGCACGGGUGUAAUGAUGGCCAUCGGGGACCACCAGCUGACUUCCUCCGUCAUACUGGGCAGGCUCUCUUGGCUCGCCUUCAUCGGCAUGACCAGAGUGCUUUCAGGAGGUUUUUAAGGUCUUAUGUGAAAGUUAGACCCAUCCCUGAGAUCUUGGAGUUUUUUCAUGCUUUUCUUGGCUUCUGUGUUGAUCCAGGUUCUCUUCUUUCUCCUAUGAGCCAAAAGCGUUCUGGAUCAAAUAAAGGUGUGGACAACCAACAAGGGGGAUAUGCUACCAACUUUGGGGCUUCUUUAGGGGGUGCUGGCUCCAGGGGCAUUGAAGGGCAAUUAGUGGCAUGUGUAUUCAAGGCUCUAGUGUCACGCUUUGUCAAAGCCAACAGAGAACUCAAAAACCCUGAAAAUAUGGCAGUGUACUGUGAUGUACGCCACUUGCUUGGGUACAUUCAUGAUGGCCAUGGCGGUGUGUUCCGAAGGGUUGUCCUCUCAGGUCUCAUUGAUUCUGCAGAUCGACCCCACAAACAGAGACAAAAGCUUCAAACUACUCGAGUGAUUAGGCGUGUGACAGUGGAAGAUGAUACCUACCGAGACUCACCUCCAGCUAUGGCAGAAGAGGGGGGAGAUGUUGGAAAAGGAAGGAAGGGAAUAUUUAAGAAGAAAUCAACAUCUUCUUCCAUCACCUCAGCCAUUAGAAAAGCUCCUUCCAUCAGCAGUGUUUAUGAUGAUCAGCAGGAGGACUCAUCAGGUAUUCAGAGUCCUAUUCAGAGCAAUCGUCGUCGCCAUUAUCAAGUGAUGACUUCUCAGUCCACAGAACAAGACCAUCUCACCCCUAAUGCUCAUCCAAAGGGUAGAAAAGUAUCUAAGCUUGUGAGUUGGCUUCGUGGCCGCAGCGUUGAUGGAGACGGAGGAAUAGGUUCAUGUACGAGUGACCAUGUGGAGCUGCCACCAGUUUUGGCUCAAAAACUUGGACCCUCUUCUCACAGUAUUUCUCAUGGUUUGGCCAGUGGAUUAGGUCGACCAAGACUUGUCACAAAGCCGGGUGCUGGGCCCAUGAGUGCAAGACUUAUUCAGGCACGGAACAGGAUGGAAUACCACAUGUGCAAAUUUGGACUGGGAAAGAAUAAGAAAAAAUUCAUAGGUUAUGAUGAGACUCCAGAUCCAAGUAGAAGAAAUAGUCUGACUGAGGAAGGUGCAGUACGAGAGACAAGCGUAGUGCUCAUGAGAGAAAGGAAAAUAGUGCCUGUGGAUCUAGUGAGGAAUGGAAUGUUGCGCUUCAAAUUCUUACUCGAAACUUGCCAGCCAGGAUCACUCCCUGAUCCACAGCUUAUGGCUGCAGUGUUAGAUCUGCCUGGGGCUCCAGUAGUGGCUCGUGCUUCCUUCCUUUUGGAAGUGUCUCACUUUGUCCAUCGAUGUAACCGUGGGGCCUGGCCAGCUUGGAUCAAAAUGUCCCUUCCCAUGUACAGACCUUCAAUGCCUCAUGGCAGGGCACCACCCUCUGGGGCAAGAAGAAUGUACAUCCUUCAACGAGCUGCUGGCAGAAUGUUUUAUCAGUGGGCUGAGGCUUUAGGAACCCGUCUAGAAGAGAUGUUGGAGGAAACUGGACCCACAGUGGAAGAGGUGGUGGCCACUGUCAGUGAUGAGGAGGUCAAACGUAACCUGAGAACCAGUGAUGAAGAAGAGGAUUUUCUGGAUGAAGUGAGUGUGAACAAAGGUGGAGCAGACUGUCCCACUGCCUUGAAGUUGGUAGCAGUGCAGCUGUUGUUGGAGAUCACUGCUUUUCUGAGAGAAACUUAUCGAAAUUUACCUAAAUAUACAAGGAUGUCAGUGCGAGGUGAGAGGCCCUCAGCUUGGGGACCUCAUUAUGGGGUACUUGGAGUUGGAAGAGAUCCAGUUAGGAGGGAAUCUAUGGCUCUUUCUUCAAUGGGCUACUCUCACCCUUCAGCUCAAAGCCUUCAAAGUAUUGGUGAUGCCCAUCCAGCUGGGUUUACUGGGGAGCGCAAGAUCAGCUUCGCCCCGCAUGAUCCAGACAAUGUAAGCGUUGACAGCUCCAACACCACAGUUACGGUACAGAGUGGACAGUACUGUGAGGAAGAUCGUAGGCGACCUGUACAAUCCAGCCGAAGUCAUCACUUGUUCAAGAAAGGCAGUAGUCAUAAUUCUUCUUUCAAAAGGAGAUCCUUCAAACUUAAUAGGAGAUCAAAAGAAGCAGAUUCAGAUUCCAUCAAGAGAUCCGACAGCAUAAGAUCUAGAAGAAAAGUGUCAGCUGUGAGUGAGCGUUCAGACACAUCAGAGCAUUUGGAACAAGAAGUGUCUGGCGAGGAAAGUCCUGGAGUCAUGAGCAAUGAGGACCUGCCUGAUAGUCCCACUGAUGCUGACAUUGAUGAAGAAUCCCUCACCACCAACAUGCCAUGGCUAAAGGUUGUGGUACAGAUCUCUUCCCUUUAUAACAUGACCUGCACACACCAAAACUUCUGCCAUCCUUACUGCUACAAAAGAAAUAUGCGAGCCUGCAGGAGACUCAUGUUUGCAGUUAGAAAGAUGUAUGGUGAAGAAUUUGAAGAACAAGAGGAGGAGGCAGUUGUAGGAUGCCUUGGAGAACAGGACAGCAAGAAGGACAAGAAGACAGGAAGGAAGGCUUCUGAGCAGGGUCAUGGGUCUCCAUUGAAGAGGAAGGAAAGUUUUGCACGCCGUGACAAAAUUGAUCGCAACGUUGAUAUUUCUGAUGUACUUUCCAAGUUGGGUCAUCACCAAGGCUCUGCUGUUCACCUGUCCAAGGAUACCAUUGAUACAGAUGGUGAUGGUAAAGAUAUGUCCAAGGAUAUUGCGAAUAAAAAAGAAGAUAAGAAGCGACCAAAGAAGGGUGACACUCCCAUCAUGAAGUACAUAAAGACUCAGGUGAUGGGAUUAAGCCAUGCACCACUGUCCUUGGUGUGUAAGGCUGUGGCUGUGAUGAGUGAAGAUAUACUAUUGGAUGCUGUUCCCCAAGCCUGGGAGAUGCUCUUGGAAUAUGAGAAUGAGGUGUCAGCAACAGCAGCAGUAGUGUUCAUCCUGGCUGGGGUGAGAGUGCCUGCCCACACCUCAGACAUUAUGACAAGGGAGCUAACUCAUCCUGACCCCAAUACCAGACUAAAUGCUAUUCUCAGAUUCCAAGUGCUGUGGCAAUCACGUUAUCAAGCUUGGCCUCGCAUGGAAGAGGGGGCCCAAGUCACCUUCAAGGUACCACCACAUGGUAUUGAAUUUCCCCUGCCGUCACCCAAGAUAGGUGUGGAGUCCUUGCCUGUAGUAGAUCCACCUUGGAUGCCUCACUUUAAAACCAAUGUGGAUGAAGUGACUGUAAAUCAAAUUCAACAUAGGUCAUUUGUCACAGCCACUCGAACUAGGCGAAAGCUGCAAGCAGAAAUGGUGCGAUCUGCAUUGGAAGCUGAGGAGAAGAAACGACGCAUUGAAAGAGAGAACUUCCUGCUUACCACAGUUCCUGUUACUAUCCAGGCAGCGUAUGAGCCUGCACUCCAUCAUGUGACUGCAGAUGACCAUGAGGAGGGUGAGGAGACAGAAGGAGAGGUGGGUCGAACUAGUUCCCAUCAUGUAUCUGUGGUGCAGCAGCUGUUUCCAUCUUGCCUGUGCUCAGCUGUGCUUACUAUCAUUCACCUCCUAGAUGAUCCAGCUGUUACUCCAGAUGGUAUUGCAGUCUAUGAAGCAGCUCAGCAGGUAAUUUGGUCAUGCUUGGUGGAGGACUCAGCAUUGUUUUUAAGAUUUUUCUUGGAGAAGCUGACAAGAGAGCGACAAGAUGUUAUGAUUCGCCUCCUGCGUCGUCUGGUGCGCUUCAUCCCACGCCUCCCUUCACAGGCAGCCUUUGCUUUGUACAACUACAUGGUUGGCUACGUGAUGCUCUAUACUCGCAAUCCCCAACAGUCUUCACAGGAGUACAUUUCAGCAGCACUGUCAAUACUUUGGACUGUUGUUCCCAGUAUACAAGGGAUUUUGUUCAAGGACAUAAAGCAAAUAUUUCGCAAAGAGCAAUGUGAAACAGCUUUACUUGUAACAGCAAAUGUUCCUUCUGAGAAAAAAAUUGAGGUGGUAGCCCCUGGAGAACUUGAUGUUGGUGCAAUCCCUUCACAGUUUCCCAUACAAGAAGAUACUCAGUUCUGUCAAAUUCUUCAAGAGAGUCUUGACUUUUUUGGAAUUCCAGAAAAUGACCACAAGAGCUACUUUUUAGUGGAUGAGAAGACUAAACAAAUCCACAAUCUUCAGUCAUAUGUACGAGACUUUUAUUUCUUCAAGAGGUCACCGUAUCCCAAAUUGCAGAUGAUUAAGAUGGAUAUAGAUAUUGCUUAUGAUGCCCUACAGAAACAAGCUUUUACUCUCAAGCUUUUGGAAAUUGGCAAAGUUCUCAUGUCCUGGUCUAUUCUCAAGCGUCCUGAUCAGGUUGCUCAGCGAGUCUUUUUCCUACAUGAAGAGUUGACCAAGUUACCAUCAUUCCCACGUAAAGCUCUUGAGGCAGACUUUAACCUUUACAAAGGAGGAGUCAUGGGCAAGGAGUUGCGAGGUCUUGAUCAGCUGCACAAAUAUAUGUGGGUCCAGCUGGUGACUCGAAUGUUUGAGGGUAUGGCUGGCAACCUUACAUUCACCACCGACCUUCAUCUCUUCCUCAAUGUAAUCAAUGGUGCUUUUCUUCUUCAUUGUGAAGACUCGUCUAUGCUGAGACUAUGUAUGGCUUCCUAUGUCAAUGCUGCUCAUCAUUUCAAGAACUUCUUUUCCACCAAUGGGUACAUCCACAUCAUGCCUACCAUUCUGCGUGUGUACAGUAAUUAUCAGAGCAACAAGAUGGUAGUAACUGUUGUCGAAUUUAUUGUGAAGCAGCUUUACAUUCUCCAUCGCAAGCCAUUCAUUCUCCAAAUGUUGGGCUCAGUUGCACCCAUUCUUGAUAUGGAUGAAAAUGCCAUAUAUGGUGAUGCAAAUAAGAUCCAGCCUCAACGCCUCUUUGACAUCUUGUUGUCCCUUGAGCAGCAUCAUGAGGAUCCUCUGCACAUACUUGAUUUAGUCACAGUAGACAAGCCCCUGAAGGCAUUAGAUUUUUGCUACCAUGAGGAAUCUGACUCUGUUACUCUCCUGGAAGCUGUGGAUAUGUGCGUCACAGUAGUGGCAUACUCAGCAGACUCUAGAAGAGGACAUCAAAUGCUGACAAUUUUAGAAGCCAUCUUGGGACUGGUGUUGCGACAUCUGCAGGCAACUGCUGGCCGUGACUUGCGGCAAGAGAAGGAGACCAUUCACCACAUAGCAGUUGCUAUGAAGACACUUAUUACAAACAGCGAACCUCUUGCAAAGAACUACACAGGUCCUCAGAAGUCAGCAGGAGAAGGCAAAGGCUCCAGUCGAGUGACCUACUCAAAGGCCUCUAAAGCUUACAACCCAGCCAUUGAGGUGGAUGAUGACUCGCACUCUAAGUACAUGAGUGAUUCAAAGAGGUAUCAAGCUUAUGAAAGAGAUAUUGAGGAUUCAGAGGCAUUACGUUGUGACUUCAGACAGCCCCGAGACACACUGUUGAAUGUUGUGGCAGAAUUUCUCACUACCUGUUCACUACGACUAGCUGAUAUUAAUAAGAAGUCUGGUCAGGAAAGUAAACACUCAGACCUUCUUGAUACCAAGAGUCAUCUUCGACUAGCAGAAGUGGCUCACAGUCUGCUAAAAGUGGCGCCAUAUGAUCCAGCCACAAUGGGAUGCAGAGGACUUCAGCGCUAUAUGAAUGAAAUCCUUCCUCACCCUGACUGGUCACAUGAGGACCUUCGACCAGCCCUUGUCAAUAUUCUCAGGAGGCUAGAUAAAAUGUUUAAUAAAAUUGCCAAGAAAUAUUCUAUUAGGCGUCUGACUGACUGGGGAGCAGCAGCCAGUCUUCUGAAGGGUGUCUACAGCACAUUAUCCAAAUACCCAUACAUUGCUCACCUGCCUCACCUGAAAAUGGUAGUCCAGGUGUGUCAGUCCCUUAUUUUAGGGGAGCGCACAGUUGAGAUGGAGGGCCACAGUAUUGCUGCUCUUUCACACUCCCCACCUCCACACUUCUGCUCCAUGGUCGUGAAAAUUAUUGCCAUGCAGAUUUUGGCUCUUGGAAUGUUCAGCGAUGUAACCGGGGUCACCUACUCCUUGGAGCAGAUCUGUGGUGGAUCCUCCUUGUUUCCAACAUCUGACAAGACAGAGAACAUGAUCAUGAAUUUAUUGCUUCCACUCUGUCUUCGGGUUGGCUGUGGACGUAAAGAUGCUCCCAAAAUGAGGCAAGCAGACAUUAGCUUUGCCCUUACUGUUGUGCUACAUGCUAUGAACCCUCCACUGGCCAAGAUUGCUCCUCAACAUGGUCCACAGACCAAGACCAUGCCAGGGUCAGAUCCUCGUUCACAGUCAUGGUCACAUCAGCAACUGGAUCCCCGGGCCUAUCCAAAAGUCAAACCCAGUAUUCUUAGAAUUUCUUUUCUAGGGCUGAAAGUGAUGAUGGUGUGCUUUGAGAAGAACCUUUCCCAGGACUGGCACAGAGUCUUGCACUGUCUUAAGGAUAUGGAUGUGCGUGGGGAAGGAGGCAUUGCUCUUUGGGACUUUCUGGAUUUUGUAGUCUCAUUUCGCACACCACUCUUUAUCCAAAUGCGACCUUUUAUCCUCAUCAAGUUGCAGACAGAAUGUUCUAAUGAGAACACAGAAAACUACAAGGUUCUCAUUCGGGAGCGAGUUCAUGGCUGGUCACUGCCACCACCUCGCUGCAGGGGUUCUCUGCUUCUUGAUCUUGCCCAUCAGGUUAAGCAGCUGAAGGAGGAGCUGAUUACUGCUAAAAUAUCAGGAGACCAGAAUGUUAGACCACCAGCCUUGGAGAUUCAGAGCGAAAUAUCUCACAUUUCACGGCGACCUAGACUUUCUUACGCUGAUCCUCCGUCAGAGUGCCCUGCCCCAUCCCUCACCUCUCCUCCAUUUAGGGCUACAGGCUCAGUAUCCAGCAGCAGUACUGGAUGCUCCUUGGCGCUGCACCGCGACCUGUCAGUACGCUCCGAGCCCCGCUCUACACCCUUCCCUUCCCAAGACUCUCAGCCUCACCAGCUGUCAGCGGCUAGGAGGACUUCUUAUACUUGGGAGUCCCAACAUCUUGGGAAAGGCUCUCUGCGGCCCUCCCCACACACCACCUCAGAGCCUCGCCUCUAUCGCAAGACCUUUCUACUGCGCAAACGAGGGUCUAAACCUAACUUGCAGGCAAGCAGUGUGCCUGCCAUUCCGGGCUGUGUAAUUCAUGGUCCUCAUAUCUGGUGGGAAGAUAGUAGUGUGUCAACACCCACCAGUCAGGGUGAUGGAGCCCGCACUCCAGGAGAUAACCAGGAAAGUACACGGAGUGGCGUGCGUCCUCGCCUGCAGCGUCAGAUGGCUCAGUCCCGCAAAACCUUCCGGUUUCGCAAGAGUAAACAUGGGCAAUCAGAGGCUCCAGAACGCCAGCCUCAAGUUGCCCACAUUGAUGUUGAGCCAACACGGCUGCCCCCCGUCACUGGCAGCCAGAUAGUGACUGAAGACCCGGCACUCAGAGAACUCUCAGUGCCACUGAUUCCUGAAGACAAAUUUAAGACUCAGACUCAUGGCUCCACUAAGAAAGAAAAACCAAAAUCCAGCAUGAUCCAGCCAGAACCAGAAAGCGUGAGUGAGAUCAGCAACAUGGAAACCUCAACCAUAUCAGGCUAUAGAGAGAGUUUUGGAGGCUUUGAUAUGAGUCUUCAAGAGCUUGAACGCUUAGAGAUGCAGGUUCGAACAGGGAGGUACAGAGAGCCACUGGGAGGACCACCUGCACCCAUGUCAAGGAAAGGUUCUGUAGCUGAAACUCUCUUCCAUGAAACCAUGCAGUCAGGAAAGAAGGUUGAUAUGAUCCAAGAUACUUCAGAGAAAUCUUCAGCUGUUGUUUCCCAUCCAUCUUCCACUGUGGUCCCCAGACCAGUGCCUGACAGAGCCAUCCAUCACACCCAGCAGGAGUAUUCUAGGAAUGAUGUUUUAACUCAUCCAUCAAGGCAUAUUGAGUCAACUCCUUAUCCAGCUAGUCAUGUGACUUAUUCUACAGUGUCAGUUGGUGCAGCAGACAUACCUUAUACACUUCAUAGAGCACACGCUACUAACUUUACACAUUCUGGCCAUGCGCCGUACCCACCCUCACAACACACAGGUCAUGCUACACAUGCACAUCACUCUGUACAUUUUUCAGACACCACCCAACAGGUAGCUGAGAGAACCUCUCGAAGUCCACACACGUACCAGACCUCUACCACAUCCCAAGUUCCUCACACCAAGAGUUCAAGUGGACCAUUACAUGGACACACACCUCGUGCUAUACCACCUGCUUCUUCCUCUUACCAUCACCCAACACGGCAGUCUCAACCCAUACAUUCAACCUUGUCUAACCAGUCAAAACAGCACACAGUUCAGUCGUUUUACCAUGGUCAAACUGCUCCUUCCUCUAAACAUGUAAUUGAGACAUCUAGCCGUCACACAUCUCAGCAAUCCACACACUCAGCCUAUAGAUCUCAUACUAAGAGCAUGGAUUAUACUAAGCACAUUCCCCACACUGCUUAUUAUACACAUGAUAUUUCUUCAAUGCAUCCUGCUUCCUUACCAGAUCCUACAGCAAAGACCAGUCAUGUACGACACCAAAGUCAGACAGCAGUGACUUCCAAACCUACUGUUCAUUCCCCUCAGUCAGUAUGCUCAGUACAUGAUGUGCAUCACUCUUCUCAUAGCUCUUCACUCACCCAACCCUCACAUCUGCCCAGCCAUCAGUCCAGCCAUACAACUACUUCUUGGAAACCUGCCAAGCCUGCUCGUUCCUCCCAGCCAUCAUCUCAACCAACUGUGUGGAGACAUUCAUGGACUGAAGGGGAAGACAAAGAACAGCGAGUGUGGGGAAGCAGACAUGAGGGAGUUGGUGUGACAGAAGCAUCAGGAACAUCAACACACUACUAUGAGCAGCAGGGAAAAUCAAAACAAGGUAAGGAAGGUCAUCAUGAAGGCAAAUCAGGGGAGAGUACAGCAACAGGGGAACUGACUUCCCUUCUGAGACGCUUUGAUAGACGCACACCUUCUGAGCAGUCAUUACUGAUGGUUGAAAGGGAUGAAGAUACUCUUAUUUAGAUGCCAUAUGGAAACUAGCCAUCUUUUAGAAGUGGGAUACACUAUUUGAUUAAUCUUUAAUGUUAAAAAGGAUGAUAAUUUUAAACACAAUCUUUUAUUAUAUAUUUUCAUAAACAUUUAUAAUUUACUUCAUAUUUCUAUGUUGAAUAUUUUGUUGUUAUUCUCAGUUUAAUGUGAACACUAUAUCUUGCAUAGAACAAUUUAACCAUCUUUCAACAUUAGACUAAUAAGUGUUUUACAAUAUGUCAAUAUUAUAUAUAUUGCAUAAUUUAGUUAAAUAGCAUUCUUAUGUAGUGUUCCAUUUAGUUUUGCUCAUUAUUUCUAAAAGUAACGUUCUAGUAAUGUAUUGAUCCAGAAAACUGAAAUUUACAAAACAAUUACAUCAGUGGUAAUGUUACAAAGAUGUAGAGAUCAAAAAGUUUGUCAUAGUACAUAUAUCUUAUUACUUUUAUGUGAUAGCUUAUUGUAUUCUGUUAAGAGCUUGGUUAUAGGAACCAAUGCAAAAUAUGUCAAAAUAUACAUGUCAUAUACAUACAGUUGCAGAUUAUACAAGAGUGUAUUUUAUCAAUGUUUAUUAUAACAGAUGCUUUUGACAAAUAUAGAUUCAGAAUAUAUAAGGGAAAUAUUAUAUUUAUUAAUGUUUGUUAAAAGAAGAUACAUAUUGGCAAAAUAUAUUCAUAAAGUAUAUUUAGAAACCAUGCAAAAUAUAUAAGCACUAAGACA